AUGGAUGAAGAGGCCAGGAAAAAAUUUUGUCAUCUCUUAAUGUUUGAUGGACCCGAACAAGGACAAGACGCGAUUUCUACUAACGAAAAUAUUAAUAACAAUGGAAUUGAAAAUGAUCCUCAUCAUUUUGGUUAUCCUUAUGAUAACGGUCGUGAUUGUAAUUCAUCAUCUUCGACAACAACUUUUUCAGCAAUUCCAACUUCUGAUAAAAAUGUAUCAAUGACUGAUGAAACAAUGAUUACAGCAAUAGCAGAAUCAGCUUUUGCUGAAAGUAAAACAUCUAUUCCAUCAUUUCUUUAUCCGGUGACACCAAAUUCACCUUCAUCAUCUUUUCCUUCACCUCCACUCUCUGAACGAUCCUCAAAUCAAUCAUCAGUUCAUACACCAUCUUCACCAAUCAUUGGACCACCAAUUAUUGGACAAAAUAUUGUUAAUUCAUCUAUGAAUUCAACUAUGAAUUCAACUAUGAAUUCAACUAUGAAUCAAAGAAUACAGAAUUCACAUUCAUUAGUAUAUUCACAACUUCCACCUACACCAACAGAAAUUGCACAAUAUGAAAUAACACCACAAUAUUUGUUACCACCAACCGAAAAUUAUGUAACUAUUGAUCCAAUUCUAUCUAGCGCACCAAACAAUACAUAUGUACAUAUGCACCAUUUUGAAGAAUUGUUUAGUAGUAAUAAUACAGUUACAACUACUAGUACAACACCUGAUGAUGAUAUGGACGCUUAUUUUGAAGAACCUUGUUCGCCUCAAAAUCAUUUCCAAAACGUUCAUUUUUCUAGGAGAAGUAGUUUUGCUAGUAUGUGUUGA